GGAGAGAGUUUAGAGCCGCGAGGAUGCCGAGUGGUAUGCUGUGAGGGUGGAGACGCCGAAGCUAGGAUGGAGCGUGUGAAAAAUCAGGAGAGGGUAGAGUGAAGGCGAAACGGCGACCACUGCCUCUUACUCAUCAUCCCCCUCCAUCUACUAUUAAGACUUACCUUCUGCUCUCUUUUAUCCCUUGGCAGCUUGUAUCGCACGUUUACAUCUCUUCAGCCAUGUCGGCUGCUCCUGCGCAGAAAAAGAUUAGGAUUACUGUCGUUGCUGCCGACGGUCUCUCAAAGCGCGAGGUUUUCCGUCUGCCAGACCCCUUUGCAGUCAUCACCGUCGAUGCAGAGCAGACGCACACGACAAGCGUCAUUAAAAAGACGUUGAAUCCCUACUGGAAUGAGUCCUUUGAUAUUAUGGUCAAGGACUCUUCCGUUAUCGCAGUCCAAAUCUUCGACCAGCGCAAGUUCAAGAAGCGGGACCAGGGUUUUCUCGGUGUGGUAAAUGUUCGCGUCAGUGAUGUGCUUGACCUUGACAUGGGUGGUCAUGAGAUGUUGACGUUGGAUCUCAAGAAAUCCAAUGACAACCUGGUUGUACACGGAAAACUCAUCAUCUAUCUCUCAACCAAUGUUAGUCAACCUAUCAGCAACCCUCCUGCUGGCGCAGAAGGCGUUGAUCAUUCCACUCUUACGCUUCCGGGCCCCAGCAGCACAGGCGCUAGCACGACCCCACUUUCUCGCACUCCUUCUGUACAGCCAAACCCGGAGAACGCUACCGCACAUGUUCCUAUGCCAACUCCACAAGUGGUCCCUGCUGCAGUUACAGAGGCUGAACAGCAGCCACAGCAGCAGCAACCACCACCACACCAACCCCCGGCGGCUACGCGGCCCGUCUCUGCCACUCCUUCACAAACCACUGCUGCAGCUGCAGCUACCUCUCCCUCAACUAACGCUAGUGCCAACGCUCAGGCGGCCUCCAAUAACAACGCCCAGAUGCGCAACUUUGACCCUCAUGCCGACCAAUUUGGCCCACUUCCACCUGGUUGGGAACGUAGAAUUGAUCCCCUAGGUAGGACAUACUACGUCGAUCAUAACACUCGUAGCACGACGUGGAACAGGCCGUCACCUAGUCAAUCAGUCAAUACUCACGCCCAAGAUGGCGAGACGAAUGCCGCCCGUGAUCAACACAAUCGUCGUAUCCUGGCUGACGAUAUGUUGGAGGCUAACAACGGUAUGAACCGAUCCAACACCGCAGUAGCGACGCCAAACACGGCUACAGCUGCAGCUGCACUUGCUGCCAGCACUAAUACUACCACGUCUGGUGUUGGUCCUCUUCCAGCUGGUUGGGAAGAGCGAUAUACACCCGAGGGACGACCAUACUAUGUCGAUCAUAACACACGUACCACGACAUGGGUGGAUCCUCGUCGUCAGACCAUCAUCCGUGUUAUGGGUCCCAACGGUCAGAAUGCUGCUCUUCAACCACAAACCAUAUCACAACUCGGUCCUCUUCCUUCCGGCUGGGAGAUGCGACUCACCUCCACCGCGCGUGUGUACUUUGUGGACCACAACACAAAGACGACAACAUGGGAUGAUCCACGGUUGCCAUCGACGUUGGACGCCAACGUGCCUCAGUACAAGCGUGACUUCCGAAGGAAACUGAUUUACUUUAGGAGUCAGCCAGCGAUGCGUGCUCAACCUGGUAACUGCCAGAUCAAAGUGCGCAGAAACCAUAUCUUUGAGGACAGUUAUGCAGAGAUCAUGAGGCAAACGCCCAAUGAUUUGAAGAAGAGGUUGAUGAUCAAGUUCGAUGGAGAAGAUGGUUUGGAUUACGGCGGUCUCUCCAGAGAAUUCUUCUUCCUACUCUCACAUGAGAUGUUUAACCCCUUCUACUGUCUCUUCGAGUACUCCGCGCACGAUAACUAUACCCUCCAGAUUAAUCCUGCGUCUGGUGUCAACCCGGAGCACUUGAAUUACUUCAAAUUUAUUGGAAGAUGCUUGGGUCUUGGUAUCUUCCAUAGGCGAUUCUUGGAUGCCUACUUCAUCACCGCAUUCUACAAGAUGAUCCUCAAGAAGAAAGUGACGCUUGCGGAUUUGGAGAGCGUUGACGCUGAGUUGCAUCGUGGUUUGACUUGGAUGUUGUACGUCGCAUUAGCUUUACUGUUUGUAUUCAUCCAAGCCCAUCUAAUCUCGUCUACUCUAGGGAGAAUGACAUUACUGACGUCAUUGACGAGACCUUCACGACUACCGAAGAACGCUUCGGUGAGAUGGUCACCGUCGAGCUGAAAGCCGGCGGUGCCGAUGUUCCAGUGACCGAGGAGAACAAGAAGGACUAUGUGAACUGUGUCGUGGAAUACCGUAUCUCGAGACGUGUCAAGGAUCAGUUUGAGGCCUUCAUGUCGGGCUUUAGUGAGCUCAUCCCUCAGGACCUUAUCAACGUCUUCGAUGAGAGGGAGCUGGAAUUGUUAAUUGGUGGUAUGUCUGAGAUCGAUGUCGACGACUGGAGCAAGUUCACAGACUACCGUGGCUAUGAGGUUAAUGACGAAGUUGUCCAAUGGUUCUGGAAGUGCGUUCGCUCAUGGCCUCCUGAGCGCAAGUCUCGUCUCUUGCAGUUCGCCACUGGUACCUCUCGUAUUCCCGUCAAUGGAUUUAAAGAUCUCCAAGGUUCAGACGGUCCUCGACGGUUCACAAUCGAGAAAUCUGGAGAUCCGAGCCAGUUGCCGAAGAGUCAUACAUGCUUCAAUAGGAUUGACUUACCGCCGUAUAAGGAUUAUGCGACAUUGGAGCAGAAGUUGACACUCGCUGUAGAGUGCGUUUUCUUUGUGUUGUAUCGAUACCUCAGAAUGCUGACUCUCUCGUUCAUAGGGAGACGGUUGGGUUCGGUCAAGAGUAGAGGAACCGGCUUCCCCUUCGCGCAGUAUAUCUCUCUAUUGCUCUCUCCCCCCUCCCCCUUCCUUCUGGCCCUGUCUGUCUCUUUAUCCCAGCUUUCCUUCUCGUCACCUAUUGUGUCUGAAGCUUUAUCUACGCGCAUAUGGUACUCUCGUCCACUUUUACACUCUCAUGCAUUCAACUACAUUCCAUUUCGUCUCGUCCCCCCUUUGCGGCUCUAGCCUUUUAAUUUUCAUUCACGUGUUUCGUAUACACUUUGCAACGUUGAUUUCCGCCGUGUAGGAUACCAUGCGUCGGAAGUCACAUCGACGUUUCUUGUUGAGAUUGCUCUUCUUUUUCUGUUUUCGUCUCUUUCUUUCAUUUGGAUUGGAUUGUGUGUGAUCCUCAUUUCGGCCAUUGUGUAUAUACGAAGUUUUAUAUGUACAACAAUGGACAUUCACAGAGCCUGUGAGGCUCUUUGUACAGCAACGGUACAUCGGGUGCAUGUAGACAUGAUUCAUGCAUGAAAACUAAGGUAUCGCAAGCAUACCGACAUAAAACGCAUACGGAGAC